AUGGCACGGCCGGACACCUUUGCCGGGGCGGCAAUCUACGUCCCGAUACUUCUCCGCUACCUCUACGACCCGUUCGUCCUGGGCUUCUACUGCCCUUACGCGUGGCAGAUAUCGUCAAGCAAGAUGCGCGGGUUCUUCAACCGCCACAUCACAAACGCGGCCUCGCGAUCACAGACGUCGCAAUCCCUCCUCAGCGAGACAGGUUUCCGGCCCGCAGCAGGCACGUGUUCGCCUUGUCGUAUCCUGGACAUUGGAGUCGGAACGGGCUACUUUCUUAAGCAUGCGCCUAUACCAGCGGGGUCCGAGGUUUACCUCGUUGACCUUAACCCGGCCGCGCUCCACGCCGCUAAGUCACGCAUGCUGAAGGCGCACCCGAAGACGACGUGCGAGGCCUCCGUUGCCGACUUUCUGGAUCCGCAGGGGAGGGGCUUGAGUUGCGGAGAUCUGGGUGGCGGUUCCUUCGACGCCAUCUCGACGACGAUGCUGCUUCACUGCUUGCCGGGACCUCCGGCAAGAAAGGCGACGGCCCUGGUCCGCCUACGCCACCUCCUCGCUCCCGGGGGUACCUUGUUCGGGGUGACGAUCUUGGGACGUGGCGUCAAGCACAACAUAUGGGGGAAGCAACUGAUGUUUUGGCACAAUCUCCUGGGGGUGUUUGGAAAUACGGAAGACGACGUUGAGGGCUUCGUCGGGCCGCUGAGGGAGGCGUUUGAGGACGUAAGAUGGGAGGUGCAUGGCGUUAUGCUACUGUUCGAAGCGAGAGACCCCAUACCUUGA